UCCGAGUGUGCGUAAGCCGAAGGUUCCUUCCGCUUCGCGUCUCCUUUGACUGGAGACAGACGGAGCGCCGGCGCCCCGGUUCGGUGACCUCUAGGGAGAUCGGGAGGAUCCAAGGAUUCUGUAGCUACAAUGUUGUCAAGACUUUUCCGAAUGCAUGGCCUUUUUGUGGCCUCCCAUCCCUGGGAAGUCAUAGUGGGGACGGUGACACUGACCAUCUGUAUGAUGUCCAUGAACAUGUUUACUGGUAACGAUAAGAUCUGUGGUUGGAAUUAUGAGUGUCCCAAGUUUGAAGAGGAUGUUUUAAGCAGUGACAUCAUAAUUCUGACGAUAACACGAUGCAUAGCGAUCCUGUAUAUUUACUUCCAGUUCCAGAAUUUACGUCAACUUGGAUCAAAAUAUAUUUUGGGUAUUGCUGGCCUCUUCACGAUUUUCUCAAGUUUCGUAUUCAGUACGGUUGUCAUUCAUUUCUUGGAUAAAGAAUUGACAGGCUUGAAUGAAGCUUUGCCCUUUUUCCUACUUUUGAUUGACCUUUCCAGAGCAAGUGCACUAGCAAAGUUUGCCCUCAGUUCCAACUCACAGGAUGAAGUGCGGGAAAAUAUCGCUCGUGGAAUGGCAAUUUUAGGUCCCACGUUCACCCUUGAUGCCCUUGUAGAAUGUCUUGUGAUUGGAGUUGGAACCAUGUCAGGGGUGCGUCAACUUGAGAUUAUGUGCUGCUUUGGCUGCAUGUCAGUUCUUGCCAACUACUUUGUGUUCAUGACUUUCUUCCCAGCUUGCGUUUCCUUGGUUUUAGAGCUUUCUCGGGAAAGCCGUGAGGGUCGUCCGAUUUGGCAGCUGAGCCAUUUUGCUCGAGUUUUAGAAGAAGAAGAAAAUAAGCCAAAUCCUGUUACUCAGAGAGUUAAGAUGAUUAUGUCUCUAGGCUUGGUUCUUGUUCAUGCGCACAGUCGCUGGAUAGCUGAUCCUUCGCCUCAAAACAGUACGGCAGAAAAUUCUAAGGUUUCUUUAGGAUUGGAUGAAAGUGUGUCCAAGAGAAUUGAACCAAGUGUUUCCCUCUGGCAGUUUUAUCUCUCUAAAAUGAUCAGCAUGGAUAUUGAACAAGUUAUUACCCUUAGUUUAGCUCUCCUUCUGGCUGUCAAGUACAUCUUCUUUGAACAAGCUGAGACAGAAUCUACACUCUCAUUAAAAAACCCUAUCACAUCUCCUGUAGUGACCCCCAAAAAAGUCCCAGAUGAUUGUUGUAGACGUGAACCUAUACUGGUCAGAAAUAGCCAGAAAUUCCAUGCAGUGGAGGAAGAGACCAGGAUAAACAGAGAAAGAAAAGUUGAGGUCAUAAAACCCUUAGUGGCAGAAACUGACACCUCCAGCAGAGCUACAUUUGUGGUUGGUAACUCUUCCUUACUUGAUACUUCACUGGAACUAGAGGCACAGGAACCUGACAUUGAACUUCCCAUCGAGCCUCGGCCUAAUGAAGAAUGUCUACAGAUACUUGGGAAUGCAGAGAAAGGUGCAAAAUUCCUUAGUGAUGCUGAGAUCAUCCAAUUAGUUAAUGCUAAGCAUAUCCCAGCUUACAAGUUGGAAACUCUGAUGGAAACCCAUGAACGAGGUGUAUCUAUUCGCCGACAGUUACUGUCCAGAAAACUUCCAGAGCCUUCUUCUCUCCAGUAUCUACCUUACAGGAACUAUAAUUACUCCUUGGUGAUGGGAACUUGUUGUGAGAAUGUUAUUGGAUAUAUGCCCAUCCCUGUUGGGGUGGCAGGACCUCUGUGCUUGGAUGGAAAAGAAUACCAGGUGCCGAUGGCGACAACAGAAGGUUGUCUUGUGGCCAGCACUAACAGAGGCUGCAGAGCAAUAGGUCUUGGUGGAGGUGCCAGCAGCCGAAUCCUUGCAGAUGGGAUGACCCGUGGCCCAGUGGUGCGUCUCCCCCGUGCUUGUGACUCCGCAGAGGUGAAGGCCUGGCUGGAGACACCUGAAGGGUUCACAGUGAUAAAGGAGGCUUUUGACAGUACCAGCAGAUUUGCACGUUUACAGAAGCUUCAUAUGAGUAUGGCUGGUCGCAACCUUUAUAUCCGUUUCCAGUCCAGGUCAGGUGAUGCCAUGGGGAUGAACAUGAUUUCAAAGGGCACAGAGAAGGCACUUUCGAAACUUCAUGAGUAUUUCCCUGAAAUGCAGAUUCUAGCAGUCAGCGGUAACUAUUGUACUGACAAGAAACCUGCAGCUAUAAAUUGGAUAGAGGGAAGAGGGAAGUCUGUGGUUUGUGAAGCUGUCAUUCCAGCCAAGGUUGUCAGAGAAGUAUUAAAGACGACUACGGAAGCUAUGAUUGAGGUCAACAUUAAUAAGAAUCUGGUGGGCUCUGCCAUGGCCGGGAGCAUUGGAGGUUACAACGCCCAUGCGGCGAACAUCGUAACCGCCAUCUAUAUUGCCUGUGGACAGGAUGCAGCACAGAAUGUUGGUAGUUCAAACUGUAUUACUUUGAUGGAAGCAAGCGGCCCCACGAAUGAAGAUCUGUAUAUCAGCUGCACCAUGCCGUCUAUAGAAAUAGGAACUGUGGGCGGUGGGACCAACCUGCUCCCUCAGCAAGCUUGUUUGCAGAUGCUAGGUGUUCAAGGAGCAUGCAAAGACAACCCUGGGGAAAAUGCCCGGCAGCUUGCCAGGAUCGUGUGCGGUACAGUAAUGGCCGGGGAAUUAUCACUGAUGGCAGCGUUGGCAGCCGGACAUCUUGUCAAAAGUCACAUGAUUCACAACAGGUCAAAGAUAAAUUUACAAGACCUCCAAGGAACUGGCACUAAGAACGCUGCUUGAAUAGUCUGACAGAUCUGAACUGAAACACGGGCAUUGGGUUCUAAAGGACUAACAUAAAAUCUGUGAAUUAAAAAGCUCAGUGCGGUGUUAUGUUGACGAUGAAUAGACAAUAUCUGUGAGGUGACUGCUUGGUGUUUGGCUCUUUCAGGGAUCCUUCUUUCCAUGCAGAUUUCUCGGAUCUGAAAAUAGUAUAGUGCUUUAUGUGCUGUGCUCUCUGGAAGGAAAGAUCUCAACAUGGAUAUCAUGCUCUGAACAUCACAGAUUGUAACCUACAGCUCACUUCUGAAAGAGAAUACGAGAUGGAAACAAGUGUUUUCUUUUGAUGAAAUCCAUGGAGUUCGUGGUGAUCAGUGUGAGAUUGACCCUUCUCUCCAUCCUCCCCUCCCUCCUGGUUGAAAAUGGAGUUUUAAAUUAUACUGUAGCUGACAAACUGAUUUCAUAAUUAAUUUAUUGAGUCUGGGUUAUAGAACUUAAAUAAGAGCUAAGUUUAUUUUUUGUAAACUAAUAAUUCAUUUGGUGCUGGUCUCUUUUGAUUUCUUUUUGGAUAGCCAUUGUGAUUCUUCAGAAGGGGGCUUACUUUCUUCAAGGGAAGAAUUACUCUUAUUCCCAAACUACUGAAUAAUGUGCUAAGCAGUGCUAAUAGUUCUCUGUCAAGAAAACAAAUCACUGCAUUCAUCUCUGUAGGCUAUUUGUUCAGAGAGCCCUCUUGUCUAAAUAUAAAUGUCUGUCUAGAUUGCUAGAAAAUUUCUUGUAGUGUAAGACUUUAAGAAACAAGAGUUUUGCACUCUUUAAAUAUACGAGAGCUCUUAAUAUUGCUUAGACAAAUGGGACUCUCUUUAUCAAGAACGUACAAGUCUGACCUCUCAGAGCUCAGAGGUUGGAAAACACAGGCUUGAAAAAAAUGCCGUUUCUCUAAGCCAACUUUAAUUUCUUAAAAGACUUAAAUUUAUUUAGCUGAAAAAUCUAGGUGGUUUUUUUGUAAAGAACUGUAUCAAAUCUGUAUAUGUUGUAAUAAAACUUCUUAUGCUACGAGUUUAUUGAAAGUGUUCAAGAAAUAAAUAAAAAUCAACUUGUGUACUGAUAAGACACUAAGCUUGGGCCAGAAAACAGAGUUGUUUAAUGUUGUCCAGGAAACCCUGGCUUGCCUUUCAAGCCCAGUGAAAGGGAAAGUCAGCUUUCAGAGCCAGUGAAGGUGCCACAUGAAUGGCCCUGGAGGAGCGUACUUUGUUCCUGUGGCCAGGAGGUUGGUGACCAAAACAUUCACACAAGGCUCUUUGGAUAGACCCAUAAAGGCUCUUUGCUUCCUCAGGGGGUCAGCAGAGUUGUUGAAUCUUAACGUUUUUUUAAUGUACAAGUUUUGUAUAAAUAAUAAAGAACUCCUUAUUUUAUAUUACA